UUGUAGAUACUAGAUAGAUGCCAGUGAGUUGGCGCAACCUCGCCACUUCGUUCAGUGUUCAAUCUCCGUUCCAGUCCGCGCCUUAUAAUAAGCAUUCUAUCCCCAGUAGUUACCUCAGUCGUUGUUCACCAACACUGAGCGCUGAGCGCUGAGCUUCUGCAAUUUCUGACCCAGUACUUAAACCAUUGAGUUCAUUGUCGUACCGUGAUUUGCUUAGCGAUGUCAUUCGCCCUCCUAUCGUCCACACGCUAUGAUCCCUUCCUGAUUUCGUGCCCUUGGAACAAUGAUCCAGACGGGCCAUCACCUUAUUUUCUCCUUCAUUACCAAGCAGACCGUCUCAUCAGGUCUGCCGCGCUCCAUGAUCAGGUUUUCCAAGAAGGAACUACUUUGUCCAAGGUCAAGACAGUAUGCGACAAGGCUGUCCAAGAGCACAAUGAUUCCAGGGGGGAAACUCCGUUGAAGCUUCGUGUCGUUUUGGAUCCUUCUGGAGAGCUCUCUGCUACUGCAUCUCCCGCGAAAGAGUUUGAGAGCGAUCCAACCCUGCCAUCUCUCUUCAACCCCGCAACAGACUCACCCCCCGCGCUCGUCCUCACCAUUCAUAUUGAUACCCAGCCAACAUCAGACACCACAUCGUUGAAGACAACAGAUAGGCGAGCCUAUGACGAUGCACGUGUACGAGCUGGCCUCCAACCUGUAGGUUCAUUAGAUCCACCAGCCAGUCAUGCACCCGAUGAUGUGAUCCUGUACAAUACCCGGAAUAUCGUCACCGAGUCAUCUGUGUGUAAUGUCGCAUUCUAUCGCAAUGGUCGUUGGGUCACCCCUCCUUUGGCCGCUGGUUGUAUAUCCGGUGUUCUGAGACGAUGGCUUAUUGAACAACACCGCAUUUUUGAAGCAGCAGAGGACGAGUUCACUAUAGAUGGCAUCAAGGAUGGCGAGUGGGUACUUGUUUCUAACGGCGUCUUUGGUUGCAAGUUAGGACGGAUUAAAUUGCAUACUUCAGACAAGAUGGACUGAUUAUGCCAAAGACUAGACUACUUU